AGUUGGUAAGAAGGCGGCUGGGAGCCUCGGCUGAAGCACGGCGCAUGCGCAGACUCGAGAGUGCGCUGCGAUCCCUAUUCGGCGGUGAUUCUGGUUCCCACCAAGUCUUUGGGGGCGGAGGCCGAUCGUGGGGUCGGGUCUUCGGCAAGCAGAGCCCCUGUCCAUGGGCACCUUGGGCUCAUUUCGCUUUCCUGCCCCGCUGACCAGAAUGUGCCCCGUGCCCUGGGCACACUGGUACAGGGAGAAGCCGGCAUUGCUGUCCCCGGGAGCAGGAGUCCCUCGGGUCCAGGUGGCCGGCAAGAAGGACCACCCCACCCUGCUCUCCCUGGAAGAGAGUGACCUGGAAGAGCAGUUUGUGAAAGGACACGGUCCAGGGGGCCAGGCAACCAACAAGACCAGCAACUGCGUGGUGCUGAAGCACGUGCCCUCGGGCCUGGUCGUCAAGUGCCAUCAGACGAGGUCCCUCGAUCAGAACAGGAAGCUGGCUCGGAAAAUCCUGCAAGAGAAAGUGGACGUUUUCUACAACGAGGAAAACAGUGUCGCUUACAGAGAAAGACGCGAAGCAGAGAAGAAAAAGCAAGAACGGAAGAAGAGAGCAAAGCAGACCCUGGAAAAGAAGAGGCUGCUGAAGGAACUCUGGGAGGCGAGUAAGAGCUCCACGGCGGGAACAGCAGGUUCGGAGUGAGGAGCCGCUGGAGGAUUUCGAGGAAGAAGGCGGGGUCCCUCACCCGCGUGGCUACAGGGCUUCAAAAGCAGUAUUUGAGCCGUUUAAAAAGCGUCGAAUUGUUUUACAUGGCGGAUUAAGCUGUGGAUAGAGAUGCACUUAAAAUAAACCUGAGAGAAACGCA